AUGGUGAAGUUGGAGGCUGGCCUGUGGGCUGAUCCAAGACCAGGACCAGGACGAGGGCAACACGUGUGCGACGUAGUCACUGCCCUGGUUGAAGCUCUGGGGCUGACUGUGGCACACCGCCCCUUUCUCCAACUGGACUUGGCUGGACGUCUGGUGUCUGGUGCUUAUGGAGAAUUAAUUCAUUGGGCAGGAGCGUUUUCAAAGUUUGGUGUUCUCAGCUCUUGCCUCCGCCGAGGUGAGCUUCGCAAGGCAGGCACAGUCCACCAAUUGUCCGCAGUCUGGUCUCGUCACCUCUUCAACCAACCACGGCGAAAUCUGUCAUAUUGGCGACGACUGUUCUCUCCACAUUACAGCCAUCUAUUCACCUCAGACGCACGCUACACGUUGCCUUUGGCUACAGAGUACACCAGACCAUGUUUUGGAACCAAAUUCUGGGCCAAUGCUGGCGUUCAGGCGUUCCUCCAUUGCUACUAG